AUCCAUCGACAUCAAAACGAGUAGAGCACUCAAGCAUCAAUAACUCUCAGAGUAAAUUAGCCCAAAAGUCUAAAGAUACAAGAAACCAUGAAGGUCUUCGCAGUCUUUGUCAUUGUUGCAAUCUUUGCUUUCGCCUCUGUCAAGUGCAUGCCUGAGCCAGCUUACGAUGGACCAACCUACGAGCUGACUCGUAUCGAGGACGUAGAUACCAGUGGUGGAAUUGCAGAUCAUACAGAGGAAGCACCCAUAAGACAUCGCCGUGUGACUUGCGACUUGUUCUCAUUCCAAUCGAAAUGGCUGACACCCAAUCACACUGCCUGCGCUGCUAAAUGUAUUGCUCAAAGACGUAGGGGAGGUCGUUGCAGUAACGGAGUAUGCGUAUGCCGUUAGUUUCAUUGAAAAAGUAUUCAGACAUGGGUCUUAUUAUCGAAAUUGAGUAUUAUCAUUAUUCUUGCUUUAUAAAUAAUCAGUAUCUAUGUAUACGAUUCAUAUUUUUACUGUACCUCGAGGCUAUGAAAAAUAAAUAAUUUUUAUUUA